AUGGCUAGGAUCAUCCAUCGAAUCUGCUAUCGGUAUCAUUGGAGAAGACAAGCAGGUAUUACUGAAUUCCCUUAUGCUUAUUGUCCAGCUUCUGCCACAGCUCCUCUCUCGACCUACUUCUCCUCCAAUCCAACUAGUCCUCGGACCUCCAAUUCUGUAACUUUCGCCAGCAUAGAUGAUGCCUUGGAUUCAUUUAAUAGGAUGCUCCGCAUGAACCCUAGACCCUCAAUUGUGAAAUUUUCUCAGUUGGUAAAUUCUCUUAUGAGAAUGAACGCCUUCGAGGCUGCCUUGUAUGCGUCUAAACAAAUGGAAGUAGCUGGAUUCCACCAUGAUCUUCACACGCUGAGCAUGUUGCUUCGUUGCUUCUGUAAAUUGGGUCGAGUGGAUUUUGGCUACUCAGUUUUGAGCAAAGCUUUGAAACUUGGUGUUCAAUUCAAUGAUGUAAUGCUCAGUACAUUGAUUGAUGGGCUCUGUAAAGUUGGGAAAGUAAUCGAGGCUGCAAGAAUCAAUGAAGCUAUGAAGUUACUCAAUGAAAUGGAAGAGAGGAAGAUCAAGCCCGAUACAGUUAGCUAUUCCACAUUGGUUGAUGCUUUUUGCAAGGAAGGAAAUGUUUUGGGAGCUAAAGUUAUACUCAAAGUGAUGAUUCAAAGAGGAUUUCUUCCGAAUGUCAUCACAUACAAUUCAUUGCUGGAUGGGUACUGUUUGCGCAAUGAAUUAGACAAAGCUAGAAAGUUAUUUGAUUUCGUGGUCAAUAAGAGAUGUGAACCUAACGUUUACUGUUAUAGUAUCAUGAUUCGUGGAUAUUGUAAUAAUGGAAGGAUGGAUGAAGCUGAAGAAUUACUUAAUGAUAUGCUGGAGAAGGAUUUGGCUCCGAAUACAGUCACUUAUACUACUAUGCUAAAUGGAUUUUGUCAAGCAGGGAGGCUUAAAGAUGCACAAAAAAUUCUCAAGAAAAUGAGUGGUCAGGGUUGUUCCCCGGAUAACGUGACAUACAAUAGCUUGCUUGAUUACUUGUGUAGACAAGGUCAACUUGACGGUGCAUUAGCUCUAUUUCAAGUAAUAGAAAAUAGUAGGUUGAAGUCUGAUAUUACAGGGUACAGUAUCCUUAUGGACGGGCUGUGGAAAGCAGGGAAGGAAAAGGAAGCUAGGGAAAUGUUUUCUAGGCUCUCUAGAGACAAGUUUUUGCAACCUGAUACCCGCACAUAUACCAUUACAGUUGAUGGACUAUGCAGACAAGGUUUUGUCGAUGAAGCAUAUGAUCUGUUCAGGAAAAUGGAGGGGGAUAGUUGUCUACCAGAUAGUUGCUCUUACAACGUGAUUAUUCAUGGGUUUCUUCGCCAUAAGGAUCCCCUUGAAGCAAUAGGCCUCAUUCAUGAGAUGGUUUCUAAAGGUUUCUCAGCCGAUGCAACCACGAUGUCUUUGCUAAUAGAAUUGUUGCCCAAGAAUCAGUUGGAUCACCCAAUUUUCCAGAAGCUGUUGAAUGGUCCUGAUAUUAAAACUCAUAAAAUAGGGUCUACUGAUCUAUCAGCUGCUGCAACUCAAGGAACUUGCUGA